CUAGUAACACGGCCUCGCAACCGCAGCUGCUGCUGUUUUACACACGGACACAGUGCUGCGAUUCCGCGUCUGUCCAUUCGUUGCGCGGGGUAUUGCCGCAGCCGCAGCCGCCGUCGUUAGAUUUUUUCUUUUACGUUAGACACUCUGUAAGAGUAUUUAUAUUUUUAUUUAAUAUCACGCAACUGUUGUUAGUCAGUCGUUCGCGAAACAUUAAGAGGUCCGUUUCGUCAUCAGUGAAUAAGAAAUAAAUUUGAAUUUCGGACGUUGCGUUUUAAAACACGGGAGGCGACGAGAAAGUAAAAGGAAAUCAUUACGUUUGCGGUAAACGGCAGUUGUUCUUACACUUGAGAUUUACUUGGAAUAAAUAUUGUUUAAACACAUUAGUAUUUUAAAUGUAAUACCACCGAAUAUCGAUUCGACGGACGAUGGCAACAAAUUAACGUUAUUAAGGACAUCGGCAUGUGACCAGAGAUUACGAGGCAUUUUCAUAUCUUUUUCGUUUAGUUCAUGGUCGCCCUACUACAGCUGUAAUCUUGUACUUGACAUUAAUGAAACAGUUUUUAUUAAAAACGUAAUCGUUUCUCCCGCGUGUGUGUGUGUGCGUGCGUGAGCGGCGUGUUCCACUUCCAUUCGCUAACGCAGAUAGUUUCUGUUCGUCGUUAUAUCUGUUGAGUGUUCGGGUGCCUUUCAAACAGAUUUUUUCGGACUUCGUUUGUCUUCUGUUCGAAUUUCGCGCCUACGAUGAUUGUUUUUAUUGUAUGUGAGCAAUUACAUCAGCGUCUACUCUACGAAAAUUCUUAAAUAACAUUAAGACAUAGUUGUCACAAGUUGUUCAGUAUUUAAUUCAGAUAUGAAAGAAUCAUGAAGUUAAACAAUUCUUGGCAAAAUGAAUCAAGAAGUCCACCUAAUUAAAAUAAUGAGAAAGUUACUACAGUGUGCAACAUUUCUCCCCACUUAAUUACAUGUAGAAUAUUCAAUCAUCAAUUCCAUGUAAGCAAUUUGGAAAAUAUUGAAAUGGAACAGAGUAAUGAGAGGUGACAUAAAAUAUGGGUGUUGCCGCUUUAAAAAUGCUAUUGCUAAUGAAAUGAGAUGAGAUUACGUGGUUAUAAGAUUUUAUAAAUGAGUAAAAAUAUAAUCCAAGAUGGAUGUAACUUAUAUUACUUAUGAAGUUUUCUUCAACGUCAAAUAUUUGUCAUCAAAAAAUCAUAUUUUCAAAUAUGAUUGCCUGCUUAAACAUUUGGCGCUUAUUUUAAAAAUUGGAUUAGUUUUUGACACUAUUCAUUGAUAUUAAGUACUUACAACUAUGAGCAUUAAAGUUAGCCCAGAAAGUUUAUGUCAAAAUGGAGCUUUUCAAUGUUUUAGGCCUGUAAAAGCUUUAAUGUUAUUUAGUCAACGUAGAAAUUUAUUAGAAGACAACCAACAUUUUGGUAAAAAGAUAAAAAGACCAGGAAGCUGGUCAGAAAAUUCUUCUCAAAAUAUUGAAUUACAACUCACAUGCAAAAAAACCUAUCUUAAAGAUACAUCACUAUGGUCAGAUAUGCAGUACGAUAUAGAAGAUACAAUUGAUGAGUCAAAAUAUUUUCCACCAAAAAAAAGAUUUCUAGAAAAAGCCGAAAUGGAAGCUGAUAGUGGUGAAAUAAAUGAGAGUAAUAAUUCUAAACGCAUUAUGGUAAUGGAUCCUGAUUACUUAGGUGUAUCUACAAAAUGUCUUAAAGAAACAAUAUUACAAUAUCGUAAUGCUAUUGAAGCAGAAUCAAAUAGGUCAAAUACUAAAGCAACAGAGUUCCUAUUUCGUACUUUUGGCAGUGUUAUUAAGAACAAUAAUUUAGAUACUGAGAAAAAUAAAAAUCUUAGUAAUAAAGAUACUCACAAUUCAAAGGCUGAAUCUUAUUAUCGCUCUGGUUUCAAAAAAUUUACAUUAAGACGUAUUGAAGAAGAUUCUAACGAUUCUAACUCAACUACACAUUUAGAACCUGCACAAAUUGAACAAGCCCCAGAAAAACUUAUUGAAGAACCAAGAGGAAAGAAAAGUAGAGCUUGUAAAGGAGUUCGAUACCAACAGUUCAUGAAUGAUACUUUAUCUAAACGACAAAAUAAAAAAAUGGGACCAAAAAAUUUACCUACAUUAGGUACUAUAACUCAACGGCGAAAAGGAAGAAAAAAACAUUUAAAAGAAGCAAACGACAAACAGGAAUCAAUACUUUGUGUAACACUGCCAGCUCAAUCCCGUCGUGAAACAAGAAAUAGUAUAAAAGCUGCCACCGCAUUACAAAAAAAAACAGAUGAGUCAAAUGAUAAUAAUACAAAAAUUGAAAUUGAAGAAACUUCUAAAGAUGAAACCAUUGAUGUAACUUCUAAUUCUAUCCAAGUUAUUCCAAAAAAACGUUUCAGGACAGAAGAUUACAACUGCAAAGAAAUUAUUAUCAAUGAAACUAAAAGACUGUCUUCUCCAGUGUCCUCAGAUUCUAAUUCUAGUAGAUUAUCAAGUCCCGAAUCAAAUUGUAGUAAUAAUUCAACUUUAGUCCAUUACAAGAAACGAGUAUCAAGAACUUUUGUGGAAAGUCAAAAUGAUACAAUGAAUUGUUUCUUACCUGAUCCAAAUGUCAAUCUACAAACUUUGGCUGAUGUUGCUCUUCGUAGCAUUCCAUUUUAAACUAAAGUUACAGCAAAAUAUUGAAUUUAUAAAUGGUUCAGAGGCUAACUGAUAUAUCAAUACAGCAAUAUCUAAACUAUUUUAUCUACCAAAUUUAGUUUUAAAUUCUUUAACAAAUUAUUAGACCAAUUUAUUGAAAUUCGUUUUGUUUGAUUUUAUUUUGUAUUUUUAUCAAACUAUGAUAUUAUAUUUUUGUGUAUUCAAUCAUACAUAUACUUCUAAGUAUAAUGAAAUUAAUAUUACAUUUUAAUGUACUGUUUAAGUUUCUUAAAGAAAUGGUAUUUAUUUCCUAUAAUAAGAAGUUUUAUAUUGCUCAAGAAAAUAUUUAUGAUAAAACACUUGACAAGCAAUGAUAAUUUUACAUGUGUAUUGUGACUUUUAGAUGUUGAUUAUUGCUCAAAGUUAUAAUUUGGUUAACUUGUUCAACAAAUUAUUAUCGUUGUCAAAAACUCAGAAAAAAAUUUCCUUAUUUUUUCUCUGUAUAUAAUGUUUUCCAUAUCGCGGAUUAUAUUAAUAGAUUUUAUUUUAUCAAUGUAUGUUAAAUAAAAAAAAUUCUGUUUGAUUUGUAUAUUUUGAACAAAAUUUUCAAGUAAUUUUGUAAUAAUGUAUAAUUGAUUUUAUUUAAUUAAAUUACAUUUUCUGAUAUGUUUCUAAACUGAUUGUAUGUUGUAAAUAUUAUUGAUCUCGAAUUGUGUAUUCCAUUAAAUCUUUAAGUUAUUUAAGCACAUUCGACUAUACUUAAGAGACUUAGUUAAAUUUAUAUAAUUAAAAAUUUUAGUAACUUUUGCAGUAAAUCACUGCCAUCAAAUGACUUCAAAAAUCUCUCGUAAAAUAUAAUGUUUAAUUUAUCAACGCUUAUAAAAUAAUCAUUACAAUUUAUAUAUAUAUAAUUUUUUUUUUCAUUCUCAUAUUUUGCUUAUAACUAUAUUGAUUUUUCUCAGUUUUACCAUUUUUCUACCAUUUAUGUUAGUCCAAUACUUAUAUAUUAUGAUCACCCAAAAUGUCAAUUUUAUAGUUACGAGUUCCUUUAUUUUUACAUUUCCUCUAAGUUAUACCAAUGUUAUUGUUAUAGUUAUUUUUGUGUUAUUAUUAAACAGUAUUCAAUUUCUGCCUCUUAAUUUAAUUUUUUUUUUUUUGUAUUUUGUUCAUGUCAUAAUGAUGUAUAUUUAAAUGUUACAACUUCACUUGUAACUAAAGAAGAAUAAUUAUAUUAAAGUAAGCAAUAAUUUUCAAAAAUCUUUAUUUAAAUUACUAAAUAUCAAUAUUUUAUUAUGAAUUAUUUUUUAUGUUGUGUUUGUUAUUACAAUUUGAUGAUCGUAUUGUUACAUUGAAGUUUGUAAAAUAAUUUGUUUUUUCUUACAAUUAAUAAAUGCUGUGUUUAAUUUCUA